ACGAGUACCAGAACAAGGAUAUCACACAGCCGCUACCAUGGAGCACGAGCACGUGGGAGACAAGGCGUUCGAGUGUGAAGAGUGCGGCAAGGCGUUCUCGACCCGUACCAACCUGCGCGUUCACCUCCGAACACACACGGGAGGAAAGCCUUUCAAGUGCUCUAUCUGCAAUCAAAAAUUUAGGGCCGGUUCUCACCUCCAAAUGCACAUUAGAACCCAUACGGGAGAGAAGCCUUUUGAGUGUACAUUCUGCUACAAGAAGUUUGCGCAGAGAGAUACACUGAAAACACAUCUGCGAUUGCACACAGGAGAGAAGCGUUUUAAGUGUACGUUCUGCGACAAGAUAUUCGUGACGAGUGGUGGUCUGAAAUCACAUGUAGUGGUGCACACGGGAGAAAAGCCACACGAGUGCAAAGUUUGUAAAACGAAGUUUGCGCGCAAAAGACAAUUGAAAAUUCAUGAACGCUGCCAUACAGGGGAGAAGCCUUUUGAGUGCUCCAUCUGCGAUAAAAAAUUUAGGGUCGGUUCUCAUCUCCGAGUGCACGUUAGAACCCAUACGGGGGAGAAGCCUUUUGAGUGUACAUUCUGCUACAAGAAGUUUGCGCGGGGAGAUACACUGAAAACACAUCUGCGUUUGCACACAGGGGAGAAGCCUUUUGAAUGCAGUCUGUGCGGUAAGAAAUUUGGAACGAGUGUAAAAUUGCGUCUCCAUCUUCGUACCCACACAGGAGAGAAGCCCUUCGAGUGUGCCGAGUGCAACAAGACAUUUUCGCGUAGCACUGCUUUGCGUUCACACAUCCGUAUCCACACAGGAGAGAAGCCCUAUCAGUGUAAAGUGUGCAGUAAAGCAUUUGCGCAGAGCGCAAAUCUGCAAUCGCAUAGCCGAACUCAUACCGGAGAGAAGCCAUAUGCGUGUACAUUAUGCGAAAAGAAAUUUUCGGGAAGUCAGCAUCUGCAAAGGCACCACCGAACUCACACUGGAGAGAAGCCCUUCGAAUGCACUGUCUGCGGAAAGAAAUUUGGAUCCGGUGUCAGCCUUCGACUUCAUCUUCGUACCCACACGGGCGAGAAGCCGUUUGAGUGUCCAGUGUGCAGCAAGAAAUUUACUCAAAGCAGCAACUUUUACACACAUCAGCGAACGCACCCGCUAGAAAAACCGUAUAAGUGCAUCGAGUGCCGCAAGAAGUUUGCAAGCAGUGGUUCGCUGAGUCUACACCUCCGCACCCACACGGAGGAGCAGCCGUACAAGUGCGCCGAGUGCGGCAAGACAUUCGCGGACCCGAGCAACAUGAUGGCUCACCUUCGAAGGCAUUCAUUGUUAUGGUUAUUAGCUGUGGAUUGUGGUGCGCUCUGAAAAAUGUGUACAG